AUGAAUGAUGCUAAUAAUAUUAAAGUUGCUCCUGCUCCAUGGAGUAUAAAUGGUUCAAAAGCUUAUCUAUUUAUUCAUGGAUCACGACCCAUCCAAGAGUCAUUUAAUGAGAAUCCUGAUCCUAUUCGAAGUCCAUUUUCCGGAGGUAUGGGUGGAAUGCUACUCGUACGUUAUACAGAUUCACCAGUAGGUCCUUAUGAUGAAUUAUUAUUUAUCCCUGGCUAUUAUCAAUUUCGGGAUGCAAAUUAUUAUCGUAUUUCACAAAUUUAUGUCUCAUCUAUAGACUCAGUAGUAAAUGGUCGACGCAAUUGGAAUGUACCAAAAAAAUUGGCUCGAUUUUGCUGGACUGAUAAUGAUACUUGUGUAAAGAUUUUCUUGCCUGAAAGUGAUGAACCUUUUUGUACGAUUCGAGUUCGACCAAGACUCUAUUGUAUUCCUGUUAGUAGUGCAUUAAUACCAUCAAGUUUUCGAACAUUAUUUCAAAUACCGCUUGAAGAACAAAAUGAUAAAAAUAUGUAUUUAAAAAUAACACCGUCAUGCAGUGGAUGGUUUCGACCGCUUGUUGAAUUAAUUGAAUUUCAUACCAAUGGAAAAGAAAUUCCAUCACAUGAAAAAUUAUCUAUGUAUACAUAUGGCGUUGGCUAUGAAGCAUUUACACUAAUAUUUCCUAUCGCUGAACAAGUUUUAUAUUAG